AUGGGUUAUGAUUUUUCAGUUGUAAAGAUGUCGGACGCAGCGGUAGAACAAGUUACGAGGGAGGUGAAGGACGUCAAACUUGAGAAUGGAGCAGCCAACGGUGAUAAUACAAUACCUUUCAAGGAUGCCUUCAAAAUGUUCUCGAAAUUCGGCGAUCCUAAAUCAGAUGGGAAGCAGAUCACACUAUCUCAAAGCGACAAAUGGAUGAAGCAGGCCAAAGUUAUUGACGGAAAGAAAAUAACGACAACGGACACAGCCAUACAUUUCAAGAAACUAAAAUCUGUCAAACUCGGCAUCGAUGACUACCAGAAGUUUCUAGAAGAUUUGGCGAAGAAUAAGAAAAUAGAGGUGGAGGAAAUCAAACGAAAACUAACAACGUGCGGCCAGCCGGGUGUAUCAACACAUUUGCCAAAAUCGCCGGCAGCCGCCGCCGCUGUUGACAGACUGACUGACACGAGCAAGUACACCGGCUCUCACAAACAACGCUUCGACGAAACCGGCAAAGGAAAAGGAAUCGCCGGGAGAAAGGACCUAGUCGACGCCUCCGGAUACGUCAGCGGCUACCAACACAAAGACACUUACGAUAAAUCACACUAA